AUGCAAGUUAUAUUCACGUCUCUGCGCAGUCAAUACUCAGGGUUUAAUGCAACUUACACGGCUAUCACUUAUAGUUCAGGUAGGUGGCAUAUAUUAUAUAUAAGACAUCAAUGACUGAGUUAAGAUCCGAAAAAAAAAACAUCAUCAACAAUAACUCGCCUCAUAAAUGGUAAUCCAAGAAAGUCUUGGAUUUGGGAUUCCAUGCCGUGGAUUCUGGAUUCUAAGUACUGGAUUCCGGAUGUCAGUGGAAUUAAGGCCCUGUUCAGACCCCGAACUUUCCAUGAGCCGAACCUAAUACAUUGAAGUAAGUACAUCAAAAGUUUGGCGUCUGAAUUAAUUAGUAACACCUGUUUCAAUUUGGAACGGCCUAGCCGUUCUUUUCGCCUGGUCCGGCCGGGAAUUUCGCCUUGGAACAGAUUUAAUUCAGACGCCGAACUUUUCAUGUACCGAACUUAAUGUAUAAAUUAUUAUAGCGUAUUUGGCGUCUGAAUCAUUUCAGCCGGUCUAAAUAAUUUGGGUCGGUUCUUAAUUCGAAUUAGGUUCGGCUUAUGAGAAGUUUGGCAACUCAACCGGGCCUUAGAUUCAGGAUUCCAAUCAUAAGUAGGAUUCUGGACUCUUCGAGUAGAAUCUCAAAUUCCAAAUCCCAGAAUUCCGCAUUCCGCAAGUAACUUGUUUAAAUAUCCGAUUCCGGUAUCCGGAUUACCUUACAUGAAGGGAAACACAGCCAUACACAAACAAACAUAAAGAAUUACUUUUUAUGGAACUAGAUCGAUCUCUCACUAUCAGGCAAUUUGGGUACUUACCAGGCGAUCAAAAAAUUGACUCAGAAAAUACCGUCGGUUACAUCUAAGCGUGGACAGCAGACAAAAAAACAUUUUCUAAUAGGGUGCCAGACAUGGCGUAUUUGCCACCAAACACUUGGGGCCGAUUAUUUACACGAAGUCUAAGUUAAACAGUGUUUAAGGUCAAGCUGCAAUUUAGACGUUGUCUCGAUAAACAAAGGUUAAACCAUGUUUGAAAUGCAUUAUCAAAACGUUACUGAGCCGUGUUUUUUCCAGUCAGUGGUUAAACAAUGUCUCAAAAGGAAAUGUAUUGUCUGAGGGGGUUAUUCGUAUGUACAUUUAAUUCCCUGUUGGAAGUAACGACUCAAUAUGGUCGGCUCUAAAUCUGGUCGAAAAACCAAUUUUAGCAAAGAAGAAAAACUUUUUAUGGCGGCAUUGGGAAGAGUAUUUCCAGAAGCAAAAAAUAAAGGAUACGACAAUAAAAGGUUUCAAAAAUCCAACUCUCAAAAUCAAAACGGUAUCAAACGGGAAAUGAAUUAGAUCCAAGGAUGCCGGAGGCGGCUGAAACUCCAAUUCAAGAAAGAACACGAUUUGCAAAGUCGUGAAGCAAGAAAAACUAGUGGAAGAAAAGCUUUUGGUGAUCUUGAAGUUAUUCGAAGGAAAGAAGCAAAUGUCACGAAAAAGGACAGAAAAGAAGGAUAGUCAGGAGUACCGCAGUAAUUUUCGAACGCCCCCGCUAAAACGAAACUCUCUCUUAAUAGAUGUUAGGUUCUCAGGGAAUGACAAGGAAUGUUCUUUUUUUGUUUCGCGAUAGCCCAUGAAACCUUGUGAAUGCAGCAAAUACACUACACCAAAUAAAUCGCCGAUAACCUGCUAGAAAGUUCACACCUGUUGUAUAAAAUCUCAAAGCAAUAUGAAAAUUAAGGCUGCAACGGUGCAAGCGGCACACCAGUCUUCUUGUUGAAAGAUCUUCAUUCAAAAAUUUUAAGAGGUCAAUUACCGAGUCCUUUCGAAGGGGAAAACGCAAUCGAAAAUCUUCGUCAUCAUAUUUCUCCGAAGGGUAAAAUCUGUCCCUAUGGUGUGGAAUUUGUUGAACAUGCAUUUUACCCUGGGGUAGUCUCUUUUCCCCUUAACUCUCUGUUGUGCACAGUAUUCCGCCCGAUUUGGGGCCAUUUCAUUUUGGAUGGCGCUGAAAAAACCGUUAAACAACGUUUAACCUACAUGUGAGCACGUUUAACUUUUUAUUGUUCCUUAGUCGAUGUUUAGACACGGUCUAAAGAAGGUUACGGAAGAACAGCGUUUAAACAAUUGGUUUUUAUGGUUUAAACAUGGGUUAGACGAUGACUUUCAUAAACGCUAUCUAACCUUGGUUUAAAUAAAUGACCGGCCCUUGAAGUUUGACAGCCGCUACGUGUAAAGCAAACUGUCGCGCCAAAGGUAAGUUGUUUUUACGUUUUUGAUUAGCGCGUUCUGCUAAUAUUUCAUUUUUCUUAAAUUUCAGGCAUAUUUCUCGCUCAGAAACGGCACACUUGCCUCCAGAAAUUAUUCUUAACGUGUAGAAAUUCUUGCAAAGAAUAUUUUGUCGAGUGAAAACAAAUCAAAUCGACAACAGCCGCCUACUUCAAACUUCGAGUGUUUGACGGCAAAACAUAUGAUGUUUGCACCCGUUUAGAACAUGUUUUUUCCUCACUUGUACACGCGCGCUUAAAUGCAACUGACGGUAUUGACGUUUUAGUGCUUGAAAAUGUAGAAGAGCAAAAGAGCUGAAAUAGGAAUAACGAAAUGCCAAAGGGAACAGGAUGGUAAAACUGAACAAGAUAUUGCAUUAGAACGUCAAGUUUGUCCUCUUAUUUGUACGAAUUCUGAUGCUCCAGAAUAAUCGGUCGUGGAGAUUACAAUUUUGUCAGCCAAAGGGGUCUCUUCCGCCAAUUUGAAGUUUGAAGCUCAGAGUUAACAAAGACAGAUAAAAUUACCGAAAAUACCGCGGGUUAACGCCUUAAAAUUACCAAGAAAUACGGGAUAACAUAACCUCGUGCUGGAAAGAAAAGUAUUGUAGAACUAUUCGUAAUCGAUGGCAGGAAGCAAGAUGUUUUGCCAGUAAGAAGUAUUUUGUAUUUAAGCCCCCUUAUGAAUCAAGCAUGGAACCUUUAUCUAUCUCAGUAUUUCAUUAAAGCAGAUACACUAAGCCGUUUUCAGAUGGAUUCUGGGAUAUUGAGACGACAGUAAAGAAGUGCUCUUGAAAAUAUUGAUGGAAGAGGAGGGAAGGAGAAGACCUGCUUUACCGAGAUAUUAAAGUGUUAAUAAGAAAAAAACAUUUUUGGAAUAUUUUUUUAAAUAUACUCCAAGAGAUGUGUGUAAUAUUCUUUUACAGUCUGUCCAAAUAUGACAUCCGUGAAUGAGAUUUCAGGAGUCAUCACCAGUCCUUUCUACCCCAGACAUAAUCCUUAUAACCAAAGCUGCAGCUGGGAAAUCAGGGCAAGAAAAGGAAAACGAAUUUUAUUUACUAUUGAAGACAUAGAUUCUUAUUGGGGGUGCAGUGGAGGAUGGUCUUGCUCGUGUAAUUAUUUGGAAAUUCAAGGCGGAUCUAUUUCGGGCCAUGAUGGUCCCAAAUGGCGUGUAUGUGGUCUUUUAACAGCCAACACAACGUAUGAUUGGUUUAAAGAGAGAAUUAAAGUACUAUUUGUCUUCGACGGUGGUCAGAUACAAUGGGGCCGUGGAUUUAAAAUAUCAUAUACUCAAGUAAACUUCAGUGUAUCCGGUAAGUAAAUAUUACUUGUUUCCUGUUGUGGAAGUGAAAACGAGAAAAUGUUAUCGUCAAGCUUGGGAUAUAUCUUUCACUUAGGAUUCAUUUACCGACAAGUUUUGUGUUUUGUUUUUGCUUUUGUUGAUCGUUUGUUUGGUUUUAACAUUUGGGCAAUUAGAAUAUCAUCUGGGUGGGGCAAACACCUUAUUUUCUCUGUGGUAUGAUUUGGUUGGCGAGGGACUGGCCAAAACGUAUAGGCGGGGUGGGAGGGGGCGGGCACGAGGUUUUGAGCCUUGUGUAAUUGUGCAAUUUUCAGCUACCCUCUGUAAAACACAACCAGCUGGAAUUAUUGCUAAAAAAUACUCUCAAAUCGGUUGAGUCCAUUUUCAAAUGCAAUUUUUACAAAAUGUACAAUUUUUUUCUACAUUUCACCGCUGUUUAAUAUUUUGAUACCUUAGUGUGGUUACUAAUGUUGUUACAUAUAUUAUUGAAAUGAAGCAAGCAAAGAAACAAAAAUAGGUAUCAAUGUUAAACAAGCAGAAAUAUUAAGGCAAUCCUAACAAACGAAUUCAAAAUAUCAGAAACUUUUACAUGGCAGAAUUACAUGUAUCUAACAAGAUUGUUUUGUGCUUUUGUUUGUUUGUUUGUUGUUUUUUUUCUUUCAUUUUAUAAAUCACCGCCACCGUUAAUAUUGUUCAAUAAACUCAACCUGUUCAACCGUCAUCAUCUCUUGCUCUUCGACAUCUUCAUCACUGUUAUCCUUAUCACCUGUCCCUUCACAACUGCCCUCUCCAUCGCCGCUCUCGUUGUCAGUGCUCUCUUCAUCUGUGCUUUCUCUGCUGACGUCCUCGCUUUUGUUGAGAUCCUUGGCUAUUGCCUUUUUCACAACUGCAAUCAGGUUCUGAAGAAGCUCACUCUUGACGCUCUUAGGAAGUUUUUUGUUCUUGAGGAUGGCUUUAACUCACUUAACUUGGCAACACUUGAAAAGCUGUACCUUGUUCACUGCUUUCGUAUGAAGGAGAAAUGCUGGAAAAAAUCUUGCCGAUAUUAACUGACAUCCUUUCAUUUUCCUCGUCCUUGACUUUGUCCUUCCUUCUUUUCCUCGCCUGCUGUUUGUUUUCAGGUUUCCCCGGGUCGUAAAGUUAUAAAAUUGCUUGUGCUUUUUGACCAGAUCUUCUAUAUUUUGCUUGAUUUCUCGGACCUUUUCGUCAUUCUAGCGAAGUGUUCCAAAACACGUUUUACGGAACUGGUACGCACAUUCAUUACCCGUCUUGAGUUUAGAAGUGGUCUUGGAAAAUACUAUAACGCGUCGUCAUUUGAAAUCACUUUGCGAACUUUAUUUGCACUUAGGUCUAUUUCUUUUCACUGUUUUGAGAUUAUUUUGCAAUAUGGUAAGAUCUUUUGGUUUCAAUUUCAAGUAUAACUGUUGUUAAGAAAUUUGCCGGCUGAUGCACGAUUUUUUUCGUUUUCUCUAUAUAUACCCCUCGCAAAACUGGCAUCCAACAGUUGGAAUGCCAGUGAUACUGAGCGAUUAACCAUUAAGGACGGUGCCCACUAAUGGGAAGUGUUUUUUCCCAGAUAAUGACUAUGUGACACAGACAGAUCAUAUCAGGGGCUAUUGAAAUCCAAAAAGAAAACUGGGGGUAACAACGCAUUUUUCAGAGAUAACUGCGCUUCAAUAUGGAGAAAAACGCUGAAUAGGCGUUUUUAGAAGAAUGAUAAACAGUUAUUUUUUCCCAGAAUUUCAAAGUGUACACGUGAACUGGCACAAAUGCAAUGAUAAUUGUUACAAGGUUUCAAAAUAGGCAACAAAUGAUAACAUAACAACUGCUCUUUAUACGUCCUUUUUUGAAAUAUCAGUACAACUAGGGAGUUAUCAGCAGUUACCCCUCUCCACGCGUUUGCCUCAAAAAUAGUGUAAGCGACAUUUUCCCCGAACCAAAAAUUGAUUGUUUGCUGAGUAGGCUUAUUACUUUCAUUUGGUAAGAUAAUAUAUAGAUUUAGCCAGGGCUAAAAGCGAGGCUCCCAUUAAUAAAUUUAUAAUUUUAAAUCAAACAAUAAACUUGUAUUCCACAAUUCAGUUAACUUUAGCGCACAUUCGUGUGACGUUUCAGGGAAAGGCUAAGUGAUUUUACUAAAAAAUAAUUUGCAAACAGCCCAAGAGUGAACCAAAUGUCACAUCGAGUUGAUAGCCUCAUAACUACACCUAAAAACUGGCAAUCAUCUUCGAUCACAUUUAUAUUAGCAGCCAUAAUGGCUCUUGAUCACCGUAGAUUAAUUAGGCUUGGAAAAAAAAUUCCGGCCGAAUUUUUUGCGUUCGACAAGUUUACUUUACAAAAUCUUGCCAACAAAUCUGGGUGCGUGUAAACCAAGCUUUUAUAUCACUAAUAAUAUACACGAAAAAAUUACUCAAUUCUGAUUGGCUGAGAAAGGAGUGCAGCUCUUCUGUAUCACGAGUGCAAAAUGUGUAACACGAGUGCAAAUUACAAAUGCUUUCUGAUUGGCUAAAAACACAAAAGAAACCAACAAGAACCAAUCAGAUUAGAGCUAUUUCUAUAGCAACAUAUUGGCGGAAAUUUUGAGAUAAGACGCGGAGGAAAAUGGCCGGGGUUUUCAGCAAACAACGAUUUGGUUUUGCAAGUGAAACAACGAUUGAAGAGCUCAAAAAUUUUUCCAAAAACCUAAACACAGUAAAGAGUACGUCUUUCUGGCUGAAUGUAUGGGAGACGUGGUGCAAACAGAAAAAUAUUGUCAACAAAAUCGAGGAAAACGAGCCAGAAAAACUAAACAAGCUACUUGAAACAUUCUACGCUGAAGUAAAAAACAAAAACAGUGACGACUACGAGCCAGACAGCUUAAGAGUGAUGAUAGCUGCACUUGAUAGACAUUUAAACGAGAAAGGAUACAAGUUUUCCAUCAUAAGAGACAGGGAGUUCCACUCUUCCGAGCAAGUUUUAGAGGGGCAAGCUCGGCAGCUUCGCCAAUCUGGUAUGGGCAAACGUCCAAAUAAAGCCAGAAGUUUAACUGAGGAAGAAGAAGAGGUGCUGUGGGAGGCAGAAAAAUUUGGUUCCAAAACUCCAGAAGCGCUUAUUUCUUCUAUGUGGUGGCUUUUGACGCAGUUCUUUGGUCUCCGCGGCCGUCAAGAACACCACGCAAUGAAAAUGGAAGAUUUUCAACUCUGCAAAAAUGACGAAGGUAUGGAGUUCGUGCAGUUUACCGAAGGUCCAACGAAGACCAGACAGGGCGGACUGCAGAUCAAGAACAGAGAUUUUCAGCCCAGAAUGUUCUCUGUUGGAGGAGAAAGGUGUCCGGUUGCUAUCUUCAAGCAGUUUGUCGAGCGAAGACCACUAAACAUGCGAUGGUCAGGUCCUUUCUACCUCAGUAUCAAAAGAAACCGAACACUGAAUGACAACAUCUGGUUCAAAACUCAACCAAUGGGCGUAAACACGAUUAGCAACAUGAUGAAAACAACUGUGGCGAGUACUAGCCUUGAAGAAAGUCACAAAAAGUUCACGAAUCACAGUGCUAGAAAGACAACAGUGAGCAAGCUAAAGAAAGCAAACGUUGAACGCUGAGAUAUUGUGAAGGUCACAGGCCACCGAAGCGUACAAUCCCUUGACGAUUACGAUGAAGCCGACGAGGAAGAACAAUGACGACUUUCCAGUGCAAUAUCCAAACGAAAUUAUGAAAACCCCAGUGCUGAGAAAAAGCGAAUGGCAGUUUCCGACAUCACAACAACUGUGGCUCCACUCGCUCCGGUAAACACGAAAGUGCCCGUACCACACAUAUUAGCCGGCCCAUCGAUGACAGCGACGAAGAAAACCAAUUCCCUCCAUCACUUUUAGGUUUUCAAGCUCAGAAUUUCUCCGUGAAUCCAACCAUGAUGAGGUCCCAGGAACAGACCAUGAUGAACACGUUCAACAACUGUCAAGUGUCUUUCAUCAUUGGCCGCUCGAAGCGAGCUACUGAGAUUUCAAAACGACAGCCCAGUUCUUGUAAACGCCGAGCGUUCAUUAUUGAGGAUGAUUCUGAUUGAACGUUUACUUUUCCGAUUAUUGUAAAGCGAGUUUCCUUUACAUAAAUGUAAAACGGUGUUAAAUCAAUCCGCACACAUUUCCGAGUUCUAAUUUGAAUGAUUUUGAACGUGUCAGUGUUGUAAAACUUUGCAUUUGACAAACGUUGUAAUCUGUUUCAGCCAAUCAGUUGAAUGAACUAAAAAAAGAUCGCCUUUUUUGUUGUAGUUAUUUAGUUGAUUUUUCUCGUGCAAUUUGGAAUAAAUAAGCACUUGUAAAUUUUUCAAAGACCACAAAGUGCACUCGCCCUACGGGCUCGUGCACUUUUGUUGGUCUUUGAAAAAUUGACUCGUGCUUAUUUAUUCCAAAUUGCACUCGAAAUCAUGUGAUUACCUAUACUUAUACAUCACAUCUGAGGUGAAACAGUACUAUGAGGCACUGUUUUUAUCAUACAGACCUCGGACAACAGAAUGUAGUAUUUCACAAUAUUGCGAUACAAAUUGCUAUCAUUCAAUAUUCAGGACGAUCGAAGCACGCGUGGGCUUUAGCCGUAAACCGUUAAAAAAAUGGGCUUCUGGAAAAGCAGGAAACCGGAAUCCGGAAUAGGAACGGGAAUGGGAACAGGAACCGGAGCCGGAACAGGAACAGUAAUGUGAAGGGGAACCGAUACAAGAACAGGGACAUCAUUUACUUUCAAUUAUUUUAAUUCUAAUUUAAUUUAUACAAACAAUAAGAAAACUAGUCUGGUAUCAUGCUCCCCCCCCCCCGAAUCUCUUUAUAUUACGGCAACGAAAAGUUAGAAAAUGCCGCAAGUUAAAUAAGUAAAGCAACAGCUUUGUGAGUGCAUCGCGCUUUCUGUCAAUUUCUUCACCGCCUAUGCACAACUACGACGUAAAUGAUCAAAUCUUAAGUUCUCUUGAGAACGUGAACGGCAGGAGAUAAAUUUUGUGUCUUUCUGAGCUCGGACACGGUCUCCAGCUUCAUUUCCCAACCUUCAAAAGACUGGACAAUUUGGAAUUAAUGAGAAAUAGUUUGAAUUAAGACCCGAAUUCAAUUUCUCAGUGGCGUUUUCGCUGGCGUUGCCGUUGUCAGAUCUUAAGGUUCCUUUUGUCUCUCACAGGAAGGAGGUUAUAACAUGUUAAUAUCAUUUGUCAGACCAUCUGUAAACGAGACACCCAUCGGAGACGUUUAUUGGGCUGCCAUACACCUCAGGUUUGCUACAUAGAUAUAUUGUACUGUGCUAAAUUGGGAAGUUAACCAGAGAUAGAUGGUCCACAGCUUAAAAAGGGUAUUAGCACGAACCCCCCCCCCCCAACCAUCCCCAUCGCAGUGAGCACUUCAUCUACCUCAACCGAGUGCAAUAGGGACCUUAAUAAGCAACCGGAACGUUGACGUCCAGGACAUUAAAAAUGGAAACUGGAAGUGGAUGUUUUCUGUCUUUCCGUGCUCUGACUCAACAAAUUCGCACAGUGGAAGGCAAGAGGAAGAAUUCAGAUUUGUUGUGUGAGACAGAAGCGUUCCAUCAAGCGACGGUCAGCGUUCUCUUUGCUUAAGUUCGCUAUUAUUGACACGAAAACACGAUGUGUCAUAAGCUAAAGAUAAAGAACGGUUAAUUAGAUUAACAUUUCAAGGGUGUUUUCUUGUUUCUUUAAUUAUUUCUCUGGCUUUUUAUUUAUAUCACGAUUAUAUCUCUUUCUUUUCAUAUUUCUAUACACUGUUUAUAUUCCUCUUCCUAAUCCGGUUCCUAUUCCAUUUUUCCCCUUAAUUUUCGUAUAUAAUCUGAAUAGGAAUUAAAUCCAGGUUAACUUGAAUUAAGGUAAAUGUUGUCCCUGCUUUUAUAUAGGUUUCUUUUCCCAUUCCGGUUCCUGUUCCGGUUCCGUUUCCUGUUCCUGUUCCUAUUCCGUUGCUAUUCCGGAAACCGGUUUCUCACUUUUCCAGACGCCCUAAAAAAAUUUUGAAAAUCAUCUAUACGGGCAGCCAGUUCUGACUUUUGCAGUGCUAGCGGUGGCGAGUGUUUGAAUGAACAUUGACACAGUUACGCUCCAACAUAAUAAAGAAUUUAUUAUGUUUAUUUUUUUAUUUUAAAACGGUUUAACGCGCGGCAUUUUGAGUGCUGAAGCGUUGUUCACUGAACAACUGAAAACAAUCGGCACAGCGAUUAAAAUUACAAGAGACAGUACUAACAAUCAAUAAAAGAAAUAUAAUUCGGUGAAACAUAUACAGAGACGACAAUUUUCACUUAGGAAGACAAGUAUUAAAGUGUCUCUAAAAAUCCUAAGUCUUCGAGCUUUAAAGCUGAAGUUUAUGUUUUAAGCCGGCUUUCCGGUGUUUGCUUUUUUCAAAGACGAACUCGAGGCAAAGAAAUCGCUCAAACCUUUCUUUUACAACCAGAAUUAUAACUAAAUAUUCCUUGAAACGUUUUCUUUCUAUUUGCGGUGAGAAAAUGUCUAAAGGCUUUUUAAAGAUCUGUAAGCUUAUGACAAACCUGAUACUCGGUUAGACCAUUGUCUCAAAUCUGACAAACGUGCGUAAACAAAAUAGCCGCAUAAACUACGCUCGACUUCAUUAAAUUAGGAAUAAAAAACAAACAUCAAAUACAAUAAUUACUUAGGCUUACCACUCGAGGUGCAGCUCCUGAAAGGUGUCAAGUAAGGCCAGUAUCGCUUCAGACUUUGCAACCCUUUUACCCAUUAAGCAAGGUGAAAGCGAAAACGAUGCCAUGCGAAAUCGGAUUUCCGAAUUUCACUCAACCAAAAACCAAAUAAACAAACUAGCCAUGAAUAACAGAAGACUCCUGAUAGCAGCUGAAUUUCAUUUAGUACAUCCAGUGGAAAAAGAAAGUUAAAAACAUCACAAGUUGACACAAAACUCUGUCAGCUUCAGCUGUCAAACUAAACAAGAUUCAAGAUGCUGCAAAAAUUUUCCGCAUGAACUCACCUGUCAAAUUUUGACCAAUCAGAGCAUAAAAAUUGGACGUAGAGCGUGACCAACGCGUGAACAUGGCGAGAAAAGUCAAAAGCAACUGUCUUCCCUGCCUGUAGCUGCUGACUGAAUUUUCGCGUCCGAGGUCAGCUUGAAAUCAAAAUUUUAAUUGUGCGGCACAUAAACACAACAUAUUUCAUAUGAAUUAAAAAAAAAUAAACUUGAGCCUGCGAUCACUUGAAAACCAGUACCUUGUCAGCGGAUAACUUCAAAAAAUACUUGACCUCGAUGGGUCGACACCUGAGCCCGCGAUACAGUCAAGUGAUACUGGUCAGCGGAUACCUUGUUUGACAGCUGUCAAUUGAUCACAACAUUGAUGUCCAAUAUGUGUAUCUGUUUUCCUGUGCUCCGAUCCCAAACUAGCUAGAAAGUAUGAGACUGAACAUUGAUCGCGAUCUAGUAAAAUAAUUAACUGGUCAGCGGACAGCUUCCAAAUAAAUCACGUCACCUCAAUGAGUUGACACAUGAGCCCGCGAUACGGUCAUGGGAUACUAGUCAGUGGCUAUCCUGUUUUGACAGCUGUCAAUUGACCAUAUUGUGGAUGUCCAAUGUAAAAGAUGUGGUCUUGGCAAGACAAACCUGAGACACCCCUUCCUUCCUUUUGAUAGUCUCCCCUACACGUACAAUCCGUGGACGCGUACGUACGUACGUAUUUACGCUCGGUCAAUCACGUGACAACCAAACGAAAACAGGUUGACCAUAAUCUUCGCGCGCAUGGGAGCCCGGCUAAAAAGUAGGGGUUACCACGCGUUUUUAGAAGUUAAAUUGGUUGGUUUCGACCUUAACUUAAUCGCUUUGGGGGUUAUUUAAAAUUUUUCCCAUCCCCUCCCCGGUCAGUUUCACUACUCUGGGAUAUCCACAAUGGCUAACAGUCAGAGAAAACAACAACACACGGAGGAGAGCAAAAACAGAAAGUGAAGCAGGACAUUUCAUGGACUCUAAGGAAAACAAAUUACACUAUUUCAUUUAACUGGAGCUUCUCCGUCUCAAACAUUUAACAAAAAUGUUUGGAGAAGAGCAAUCUUCAAGGUAUUAGAGAUUACUUGCAGCACACAUAGAGUAGUAUGGCGAGUUCAAGAUCCACGGCUGGUGCUGUAAACAAACUGCUGUACUGUAGUGGAAAAUAGUCGUCAGGGACUCUUAGACCGGUACUCCUUCAAUCGUUUGCUUAUCUGUACAUGUCCUUAAGAUUUUUUGUACUGUGGAUGUAAUAUGGAUUGUAAACCUUCUAUCGUUUUCUAUCAUUUUACCGGGUACCUCGAUCGAAUAUGUUAUUGAACUUGCAUACAUUCAAUGAGAUUAUAUCUGUGCGUUCUUUGCUCUAUCUCUUUCGGGCUUUGCCACGAGUGUCAUAUGACAUAAAUAAUUUGCAUUGACUCAAGUUCCAUACAUGAGCUCUCUUUUAAAAAAGCUGAAUAGUGUGAAAGUAGUUGUACCGAAUGCGUUUAUGUACCCUCAUAUAUGCACUGGGCUAUAAUGAUCGUUUUGUUUUGUUUUUUUUUUAAUGUAGCGUUCUGUGUCAUGAUGAUUCACUAUUUUUCGUUUCUAAAUGUUCAUUUUAGACUUAACAGUGUCUGUCUAAGAAAGUCUUACCUUACCUUAAGAAAUACUAUCUACAAGACAAACUGUCCAUGAGUCAAUAAUUUGAAUGCUUAGUAAGGCCAAAAUGCUUAAAUAACAAUGUUAAUAGUAAAAAGCAUAACAAUUUUUUAUCAUUUUUUCCCCGAUGAAAGCGUUUUCUUUUCCGGUCCGCAACUAUUUGUGAAGCUGCGAUCUAACCAAUCCAAACAAACUUGCGAUAGUUUUUUUCUUGUUUGUUCAACAAAUAAAAGCCUCCGACUCUCAAUAAAAGGGAGAUCUGUAUGUACUCGAACGCUUUAGAUCUAUCUUAUGGUGAAUAAUUACCUAAAAUCUUACAAAAUUAAAAAAAUAUAUUCGGGAAAGUGUUUCUGGCCGAUUAGCCGAUAAAACGCGAAGGACGCGAGUGAAAGGUAAGCUUGCAGUUUCUCGAUUAAGCGGAGGACUUAGGGCUAUUUUCCGUCUGAUUUACUGAUCCUUGCUUACACCCAAGCUCUAAGCGUAACAUCUUGAAGCAAUAACUUUUGAUGUUUUAGAAUUGACUUCUGUUUGACUAUAAAAUGUUCGGUCAGAUCGAUCAGCGUAGAAAAAGCAACAUGCGCGUACUUCUUCGGUUUUCAAAGAACUGACAAAGUAAAUAGAAAUUAUCUUUCAUCUGUUGAAAAACGACGCAUCUCUUCCACAAGAAAAAACUAGAACCUCCCAGACUUACAGGAGACAAAACCAGUCCACGUGUCCUGCGUGUUGGGCAUUUCUUUCGCGUCGCGCGCGACUACCUUGGCAUGCGCAGAAAAUGUGCGCAGUAACAAUAGUGGGCACCGUCCUUAAGCGUACGCGCCCAACUCAGUUGCUAAUGUUGUUAAACUCCUUAUGAAGCGAGGCAACAGGUUAGAGAAUUAUGAUUUUGUCAUGCACAGAACAGGCUUUAAUGGAUUAUUAAGAGGAAACCAAAAAUAAAUGUAUUAAUAUUGAGGAGGGGGGGGGGGGGGGUUGAGUUCAUGUCAUUUCCAACCUUGCUUUAGGUCGGGUCAGUCAUUUUUGUGCCGAAGAGAGAGGGUAGGCCAUGUUUCUUUUUUUUAUCAACCACAUUCCAAAUGCUCUUCUCUCCAAUAUGGUAUGGCAUGCCUAUUACUCAGGAUACAUCACUGAGUCACUUGUAAUCCUCUCUUAGGAUGUUCCAACUACACAUACCUCAACGAGUCCAGCAGAGCAAUGACAUAUACCAAAAGUGUUUCUUACCCAUGCGAUGCAAAUCUUAACGGAUGGUACAGAUUCACUGGAGAGGCUGGAACGCAAAUGGCUGAUUCUUGUGUCAACACCUAUCAUUGCGGGACCGAGUCACCUGGAUGGCUGAACGGAACUCAUCCCGACUUAACUGAUGGGGCUGUUAAACGCCAAGUGUGUUUUAGCUCUUUUGACAACUGCUGCCAUCAUUCAAAUGAAAUAACUGUACAACAUUGUGGAGCAUUUUACGUUUACAAACUUGAAGGACAAUCCCAUUGCAAUCUGCGUUACUGUGGAAACGGAUCGCCAUAUGCACGAGGUAUUAACAAAAAUAAAACAACAAUCGUUUUAUUUCAUUGCUUGACAGGCGUAUUUUCAUGCAUUUUCCAAUAAAUUUUAAAAAAUUCAUGUCUUCUUUUCAAUGAAAGUGCAUUUUCUAGCAAAAUAAGAAUUAAACACUAAGCAGUUUUUAAGAAAAUAAUAUAGAAGCAACUAUGGCUCAGAUAAAGUAGUAAGUGACGCUAAACAAGUAGACAAGAAUUUGACAGAUUGUACUACACGGAGUUUUCCUUUCUUUCAUAGAAUGUUACAAUUACAAAGUUCUUAACGAGACCAGCAGAUCGAAAACAUAUCAUGGAUAUUAUCAUUAUCAAUGUGAUGAUAUGCUGUCGACCGACUGGUACAGAUUUAGUGGAGCAGCUGGAAAUCAAAUGGCAGAGUCUUGUGUUGAUGGGUAUCGUUGUGGCACAUAUUUCCCAGGUUGGCUCAAUGGAAGUCACCCUACAUUAAACGAGGCGGCUGUUCAAAGAAGAGUAUGUUUCGGUUUUCACGGCCACUGUUGUAUCUAUUCGACUUACAUCAGAGUCCGUAACUGUGGAGGCUUCUACGUUUACCAGCUAAAGCCCUUAACUGUAUGUUACUCACGUUACUGUGGCAACGGAUAUGUAUCAUCGACACCAACGACGCCAGGUACACUUUUUCCUUCUUUUUUUUUUUUUUUUUUUUUUCCUUCCUGA